GUCGGGUCAACAAACAUGGCAGCGCUCAUGUAUAACGUGAGUCGUGGAUUUGUUAUUUUCGGGGAACAUAGUUUAUUAUUUAGAGGGCAUAACCAGAUCUUGGUGAAUUCGAGGCGAUAUGUCCGAGCCCUCCGACGGAGACCCGUGGCGGUCUUGUAUCCCAAUGGAGAACGAGAGACAUUUAUUAAAUCGAAGGAAACAACUGAUAAAAUGAAUCAAAAGGUUUUCAAACAAAAAGGCAAAAACCUUUCUGAGAGUGAUAAUAAAUCUCGCAAAGAGAAAGUCUCUGAGAGAGCUGUCAACAAGAAGUGGAUUGGUCAUCAUGUCUCUGAAUGUGCAGAAGAGUCUCCUCACAUUAUGGACAGGCUUGGUGGAUUGCGAUACGAAAAGGCCCCUGCUGGAGAUAACAGACUCGCGAAGGUGUCCAGUGUGGCCCGCUCCAGAACGUUUCGGGAGAAGGAAGGUAAGGUGCUGCUGGAGGGCAGGCGUCUGAUCUGUGAUGCUCUGUCUGCUGGAGCGUCUCCUCAGAUGCUCUUCUUCAGUAUGGUGGAAAGACUGCAGGAGCUUCCUCUAGAUAAACUACAGCAGGUCAAGCUCAUCAAGGUCAAAUAUGAAGACAUGAAGACCUGGUCUGACCUGGUCACUCCUCAGGGUGUUAUAGCUAUAUUCUCAAAACCCGAUGCCUCCCGUCUGGCAUUUCCAAAAGACAUCCGUCACCAGUCUGUGCCUUUGUUCCUGAUAUGUGACAAUGUUCGUGACGCUGGAAACCUAGGCACUAUUUUACGCUGUGCAGCGGCUGCUGGUUGUGACCGUGUUCUCCUAACCAAAGGUUGUGUGGAUGCCUGGGAGCCCAAGGUUUUACGCGCCGCAAUGGGAGCUCAUUUCCGCCUUCCGGUCUAUCCUAAUCUGGACUGGGAUGACAUUUCGAAGCACUUACCAAAGGACGUGAUUGUCCAUAUAGCGGAUAACUGUAGCAUUUUUACAAAAGACCCUGCAUCUGCUCAAGUUCCAGGACAAAUACAAAAUGUUACUUUGGAUAAAUCCAGCGACUCUAGCGACUCCGAUGAUGAACUUUCACUGCCGUGUGUGAAGCCUCAGGUGUACCAUGAGAGUUGGGCUCAGAAGAGCACGGCCCUGGUGAUUGGUGGAGAGACGUGUGGACUGAGUUUGGAGGCUCUUGGAUUGGCCGAGGAAACGGACGGUAGAAGGAUCUUUGUUCCCAUGGCUCCCGGAGUGGAGAGCCUGAACUCUGCUAUGGCUGCUAGUAUACUGCUGUUUGAAGGCAGACGGCAGCUUCUGAAGGCAUCUGACAAAACCCGCAGAAGAGCAAGAUCUAAAAUGUUCUAAUGAUUGUUUUUCUUGUAAUGUUUAAAACAAAGAUAUUUUACCAAAUACUGUCCAUUUCUAUAUGCUGCACACUUUAAGUAUGUCAAACAGUAUCACCAAUAAACAGUAGCAGGCUAGUA